CCGGGCCUGUCAGACCCCGCGACCGGCCUCCGAGCGGCGCGGGGCGGGCGCAGCGGCUGGAGCUCGGCCUCGAUCCCCGGCCCCGGACGCAGCAGCGCGAGCCCGCCGGGGAGGGGAUGCGCGGCGGCGGCGGCUGGCCGCGGGUAGCUGAGCGCGGCAGGGUCCUGAGGCGCCCGGGAGCCGGCGCGCGGUCGGGGCGCGGCGAUCGGAGCGGGUCUCGUUCUCCUCACGAUGGGCAGGGACGCGCGGCGCUGCCCUGAGGAGCCCGAGCGCCGGUGAAGGCGGAGCCGCCGGCUCUCCGCGGCCAUGGCCGGCCCCGGCGCGUGGAAGCGCCUCAAAUCCUUGCUGAGGAAGGACGACGCGCCGCUCUUCUUAAAUGACACCAGCGCCUUCGACUUCUCGGACGAGGUGACCGACGAGGGGCUUUCGCGCUUUAAUAAACUUCGAGUCGUGGUGGCCGACGAUGACUCGGAAGCCCCGGAAAGGCCUGUGAACGGGGCGCACCCGGCCCUCCAGGCCGACGAUGACUCCUUAUUGGACCAGGACUUACCUUUGACCAACAGUCAGCUGAGUUUGAAGAUGGAGCCCUGUGACAACUGCAGCCGUCGGCGCGAGCUGCUCAAGCAGAGGAAGGUGAAGACCCGGCUGACCAUUGCUGCCGUCCUGUACUUGCUGUUCAUGGUCGGAGAGCUCGUAGGUGGAUACAUCGCAAAUAGCUUAGCAAUUAUGACAGAUGCGCUUCAUAUGCUAACGGACCUUAGUGCCAUCAUACUCACUUUGCUUGCUUUGUGGCUGUCCUCAAAGUCACCAACCAGAAGAUUCACCUUUGGAUUUCAUCGCCUAGAGGUUUUGUCAGCUAUGAUCAGUGUGAUGUUGGUGUAUGUACUUAUGGGAUUCCUCUUAUAUGAAGCUGUGCAGAGAACGAUCCAUAUGAACUAUGAAAUAAAUGGUGAUAUCAUGCUCAUCACUGCAGCUGUUGGAGUUGCAGUUAAUGUAAUAAUGGGAUUUCUGUUGAACCAGUCCGGUCACCACCAUUCCCACUCCCAUUCCCACUCCCUGCCUUCAAAUUCUCCCACCAUGGUAUCUAGUGGACACAGCCAUGGGCAGGACAGCUUGGCAGUGAGAGCUGCAUUUGUACAUGCCCUGGGUGAUUUGGUACAGAGUGUUGGUGUGCUUAUAGCUGCAUACAUCAUACGAUUCAAGCCAGAGUACAAGAUUGCUGACCCUAUCUGUACAUAUGUAUUUUCAUUACUUGUGGCUUUCACAACAUUUCGCAUCAUAUGGGACACUGUAGUGAUAAUACUGGAAGGUGUACCAAGCCACUUGAAUGUAGAUUAUAUCAAAGAGUCAUUGAUGAAAAUAGAAGAUGUAUAUUCUGUGGAAGAUUUGAAUAUCUGGUCUCUCACUUCGGGAAAAUCCACUGCCAUAGUUCACAUGCAGCUAAUUCCUGGAAGUUCAUCUAAAUGGGAAGAAGUGCAGUCCAAAGCUAAGCAUUUAUUACUGAAUACAUUUGGCAUGUAUAAAUGCACUAUUCAACUCCAGAGUUACAGACAAGAGAUGAACAGAACUUGUGCAAAUUGUCAGAGUUCCAGUACCUGAUUCUAUGUACUUGGGGUCUACAGCCUUAUUUAUCCAGCAGUCACAGACCUGAGAGCAAUAAACGCAAACCUAACGGAGUCCUGACAACUGUGUCCCUGUCAAGCACGAUCUCUCACAGUCACUCGGGUCUGACUGAUAGCUGCCUGAUUUUCAUAUGAAGUUUCCAAAGUACUGUUUACAGAGUGAGCUGUAACUCUGCAGAUACCUCAUAGAAGACAAUCCAAGACCAUACUUCACUAAUUUGACAAAAUACACAAGACAUACAGGAAGACUCAGAAUUCAGUAUUUGCAUCUAAAACUACUUUUUACAGUCCUUUUAUAUGAAGUCAGUGCUAGCAAACUCAGUGUUGAAUUAUUUGGGAUUUUUGCCUCUGUAUAAUCUUGGCAUCUAGUUUCUGGAAUUGUGUUCUCUUUUUAUAAAAAUUAGCCCCCAACAGAUUUCAGAAAGUAAUAAUAUCCAGAAAAUGGAAUAAGCAUGUGUUCCUAAGUGUUUCAGAACUGUUUUAUUUCAUAAAUAACUCUUAAUAUUAUUAUUAGAGUCAUACUUUAUAAGCAAAUUUUCCAGAUACUACUGGUUUUGAAUGUCAGUGUUUUGAUUAUUUGUAAUCUUAUCAGAAAUAUUCGCAUAAUGUGGUCACUGUCAUUAAGUUAUUUAGGAAAUUUUUAAUAUCGCUCUGAAUGGCAGAGAUUAGAUUUAACCUCAAAUCACCUUACCAUAUGAUGAUCUAAAACAGAGGAGCAAGCAGUGGUGUGUGAAGUUUGGAUUUCUGUCUUCCCUGAAAGUCACCUUUGUGCUUUAUGUAGAACUGUCUUAAGACAGGAAGAGACGACAAAGCUUCAACAGUUAUCCACUGUCCUUUAAAGAACUGCCAACACUUGUUAGUACCAGUUUCCUUGGUGCCCUGUUCUUGUGUGUAAUCUGUAUGCCUCUUUCAGGUUCCUAGAGAGGUACCUGAGUUUAUUAAUACCUACCAUGCAGAGUACCCUGUUACUCCAGAGAGAAUUUCUGUUUUAUGAUAUGGGUUAUGGGGUUCUCCAUGCAUGACAGAAAUCCUCAAAGUACGAUCUUGAAGUUUCACAAUAAUGCCAUAGCAGAAAGAUACAGAGGGUUGGGUGGAAAAAGUACUUUGAGAAAACAAGAGGUGAAGGGUUUUGUUUUGUUUUUUUAACUAUGUGCACAAAAGAAUUGAAGUGAGGAUGGCCAUUAAAGUUAUAUCUAGGGAAGUGGCAUAAAUAUUUCCAAGCUAAAGGAAUAUAAUUGGCAGAAGUUUGUUAAAGAGACGGUCAUGAAUAUUCAUAUCUGAAUAUUCAACAGUUAUUUUGAGAUUAUCUCUUUUCUUUUUUUCUUUUUUUUUUUUAAUUUAUUUAUGUAUCUUUUUUAUCACUGCUCUGUCUGCAUGGCCAGAAGAGGGCAUCAGAUCUCAUUACAGAUGGUUGUGAGCCACCAUGUGGUUGCUGGGAAUUGAACUCAGGACCUCUGGAAGAGCAGCCAGUACUCUUAACCUCUGAGCCAUCUCUCCAGCCCCAAGAUUAUCUCUUUUCAGCAUAGACACUUUAUAUGACUCUUGGCUCCUCAGUGAAUCAGAGUGGAGUAACAAUGUCCCAAGCAAGUUGUAAAUUAAAAUCCUAGAAACCCAAUGAUGUGUAAAUGGAGAGUGGGAAAUAGGUGUUACCUUCAUACUGCAGACUUUCCCUAUGUGGAAAGCUAAAAUAAGAAAAUCUAGAUUACCCCUAAGGGAAUUGAUAGUAUCAAAGAAACAACUGAUGUAUUUAUUGAGUUCAAAGUUUGCUUUGAAAAAAAAAGAAAGUUUACUUUGUUGAAUUGUAUUGUGAGUACAUUUAAGAUUAUAAAUGUUUGGAUUUCAAAACUUUUAGAAUGCAAACUAAAUAAGACAAUGAUAACCAUAUGAAUAGGUGACAGGCAUUUAAGUGGCUGCCUGGGCAGUUGUGGCCUUUAGGUAUCUAGGAAAGAAGGGAAACUGUACAUUUUAUACUUAUUAUUUUCCCAUGUCAGUUAAGUUUAUUUCUUGUAAGCAUUCUUUAUCACAAUGUGGGCAUAUCUAGAUUUUUGGUUCUUAAGUUUUUUUGAUAAAACAGCAUAAAAAUCAAUUUGAAUAUUGAAAAGGGUUGUUUUUAUGAAACACUGAAAAACGUUUGCAAAUCUUAACUAUCAUAUUCUGCUUAAAGCAGAUGUACCCAAAAUUUCUGUGCUUUACUUUUGCAGCAAGAGCUAGACUUUGUACUUUGCUGGUCCAGAAGAUAGAGAGCAGAGAGAUUUAGAACCCAGAGCUAUUGUGAUUCUGGCACACAGCUGUGUGCUUUCCACACUUACAAGUCUCUAUGUGAUCAGAGAUUUCCACAGCUCCCAUCAGCAUUGUUUGCCAGAUCUCUAAAUUUCUUAGGUUCCUGUGUUUCUUUUCAGUUUGGGGUAAGGGCCUUAUUUCUUCUCUCUGAAGUAUUUCUUGAUUAUAAGACUCUCGGUGGCCUGUCUUCAGCCCAGAUGGCCCACCUGUCAGUAUUUGUCUUUAGGCAAUCCUUCCCAGAGUGGACAUAGUCAAGAUCAGAUAGAUGCACAGCUUCUCUCUCAUUUUUCAGAGAGAACUUUGAGGCAGUGCUUAGAAAGAUCUUUCCAGGCAAGAAAGGUCUUUAAAACCUCAAAUCAUCCCCUGCCCAGAUUUCUGCACACUGUACUUAGUAGAGCAUAUGAGACAGAAAUAGACUGAGUGGCCACUGUGAAGGGCUUUGGGUUUCUCAAAAGCCAGUCAGCACUCUUGGAGACUUUGAUCCUGCAGCAUUUGGCUUUCUGUGUUUGUGAUCAUUGGUUCACCCACCAUAAGAUGCUCCUACUGAAUCUAAACCCCUUUAAAGUACACUUGUAGGUGUUUUUUAUGGCUGACUACCUUGUAUGGACUAAGAUGAAAGUUAUAGAAUGUGUCCCUAUAUACAAGAUCAGUUCAUCCAGUCUUAGUUAUAAAUGAACAGUGACAUCUCACUAGAUACUGGGCUUAGGGGAAACAAGUCUUACCUCCAGGUGGUUGGCCUGACAUCUCAGUAGCGAGAGCACCAUUUGCAAACUAACUCCAAUACCAGGUCUGUCAGAUGGAUCCUGCAGGCCAGGGUUUCAAAUUUAGUUUUACAAUUAAAUAUAUUGUUUGUGAUGUUAGUGGGAGCAUACAAACUGGAAAGAAGAAAUUGUGGGAAAUCUUCAGUAUUAUAUGUCUCCAUUUAGGCAAGCGAGUCAUUGAGUUCUUGGUUACAAAAGGUUUGUUAGGAACCAACAGUUAUUUUCUGAUUUUUGUUAAAAUUGGUAAGUGUGUUUGGAGACUUUGACAGCUAAAUCCAUGACAGUGUCAAUUUAAAUAGUGCCAUCAAGAAUCUUCUGAAAUAAAUGCAGCACAAAGUUGAAAUGUGCCAGUGUGUCCCUUUUCUACCUAGAAGAUACCUUGUAUUUGGAAAGUGUCUGCCUCUCUAAAUAAAUAUAUGAUUAAAUAAGCCAUAUCGCGGUUUAAGAAAUUGUAUAUACUUUCCUCUACUCCCCUCCAAAAAACCAAGUAUUUUGCAUAUGAUUGAUUUUAGAAAGAUUUUGAAGCUGGGGUUUAUCUGUGUAACGAAGAUCAGAUUCUUUGUAUAUGUAUUGUAUUUGUCAUUUUCAAAUGAAAUUUCCUAGAUGAUUAUUAAAUAAAGUGUUGUUUUGCCUUGUGGUUUAUUAAAAAAGAAAUGUACAAUGCCCUAAA